AUGUGGUCUUUGUCUGCCAUGAUGUUGGCAAGCACUGCUCCUCCGAUGAAGACCAUGUGCUUUCUUCUUGGUGGAUCUUCGAUUCUCACCUUGAACUUGUCCAAUCUCGAGGCAUCUCCCUUCAACACCUUUGUGAACCAUUGCUGUUUGAGUUCCUUUUCCAAUCUGGACGGAAGACCUGGGUACAUGGACGAACCACCACUGAGAACGAUCGACUUGUACAAUGUGGAUCUAAUGUCGACCUGA